CCACCUGUAGCCGCAGCCGAGGCAGCCGAGGAGCGCCUGGCAUUUAACAAGGCGAGCGAAGGCAGCCAGCAAGACAGGCGGGCGCUCUCGCCUGCUGAACUCAGCGGAGAAGGAGAUCGCCACCUGGCCGGACCGGUUCCCCAGCCUGCCUGCCUCUCUCUCCCGUCUUGCCUGGCUGGCUGGCUUCUGGAGGAGGCGGAGGAGGCGGAGGCGGCUUUCCUGCUGACUGGAAAAAAGCCCCUUCGCCUUGCAAUCCGGGAGGGAUCAAAGACAGGCGCGGCUGCUGCGGCUGGACGGCCGUCGAGGAUCGGCGCUCCAUGCAGCCCGCGGACCGUCGGUGAGCGCUGCUGCAGCGGCCGCCGCCAGCGCGCCUCCGCCGGCCUCGGCAUGGCCAAGAACACAUCGCUGCACUUCCGCGUGGUGGAGGGAAGGGACCUGCCGGCCAAGGACGUCUCCGGCACCAGCGACCCUUAUUGCAUCAUCAAGGUUGACAACGAGGUCGUGGCAAGAACUGCCACGGUGUGGAAGAACCUCAACCCUUUCUGGGGGGAGGAAUAUACUCUGCACCUUCCAAUGGGUUUCCACAACCUCUCAUUCUAUGUUCUGGAUGAAGACACCAUUGGGCAUGAUGAUGCCAUCGGCAAAAUCUCCCUCAGCAAAGACUUCAUCUCAUCUCACUCUCGGGGAAUUGACAGCUGGAUCAACCUCAGUCCUGUGGAUCCCAAUGAAGAGGUGCAGGGGGAGAUUUCGGUGGAGCUGCAGGUGGUGGAGGAAUCCCACAAGAGGGUGCUGUGCUGCCAUGUCAUUGAAGCCAGAGACCUUGCUCCGCGGGACACCUCUGGAACCUCAGACCCCUUUGCCCGCGUCCUGUGGAAUGGGCAGGUGCUCGAAACAGCUAUCAUCAAGAAAACUCGCUUCCCGCGCUGGGAUGAGCUGCUCGAGUUUGUCCUGGAGGAGGGGACCGCUGGGGAAACCCCGCUGAUCGUAGAAGUGUGGGAUUGGGACAUGGUGGGCAAGAAUGACUUCCUGGGACGGGUUGAAUUCUCGUUGGAUGCCUUGCAGAAGGCCCCUGUCAAAGGCUGGUACCGCCUGUUGCCAUUCACCAGCACAGAGGGAGAUGCAGGGGGGAAGCUGGGGGCGCUGAGACUGCGGGUGCGACUUGCCGAGGAUCGGAUCCUGCCCUCCCGGUACUACCAGCCACUCAUAGACCUGCUGGUGGAGUCCGUCAUGUGCCCAUCAGAGGAGGAGGACGUCACACCCUUAGCCCUGCUGGAAGAGGUCUGCUCGUUGGAGAGUCGCCAGGAUGUAGCCACCAAAUUAGUCAAGAUCUUCCUUGGCCAAGGCUUGGUGCUCCCUUUCUUGGACUAUGUGAACCUCCGUGAGGUUUCGAGAACCACUGAUCCAAACACCCUCUUCCGUUCCAACUCCUUGGCUUCUAAAUCCAUGGAGCAGUUCAUGAAGGUGGUGGGGAUGCCUUACCUCCACGAGGUGCUGAAGGCCAUCAUCAACCGAAUCUUCGAGGAGAAGAAGUACGUGGAGCUGGAUCCCUGCAAGAUUGAGCCGAGCCGGACCAGGCGGAUCUCUUUCAAAAGCUCCCUGUCAGAGGCCCAGAUCCGAGAAAGCAGCCUGGAGGUGCUGACAGGAUACCUGGGUGACAUUGUGGAGUCCAUCGUGAGCUCUACGGAAAAAUGUCCCCCCAUCAUGCGAGUGGCUUUCAAACAGCUGCACAAGCGAGUGGACGACCACUUCCCAGAGGCAGAGAAUCAGGAUGCCAAAUACAUUGCCAUCAGUGGGUUCCUCUUCCUUCGCUUCUUUGCUCCGGCCAUCCUGACCCCCAAGUUGUUCAACCUCCGAGACCAGCAUGCAGACACCCAGACCAGCCGGACCCUCCUGCUCUUGGCCAAGGCAGUGCAGAGCAUUGGCAACCUGGGGCUUCAGCUGGGUCACGGCAAGGAGCAGUGGAUGGAACCUUUGCACCCCUUCAUCCUGUCUAGCAUUGGGCAAGUCAAGGAGUUCCUGGAUUGGCUCAUCAACGUGGACUGCGAGAACGGAGCAAGUGAGAAGAAGCCCUGGACGCUCUUCCACCCCUCGGCCACCAUCAAGGAGGGCUACCUCAACAAGCGCAAGGCUGAGGGCCUCCACUUGGUCUCGCGGUUCACCUUCAAAAAACGCUACUUCUGGCUGAGCAACGAGAGCCUUUCGUAUUCCAAAUCUCCCGAGUGGCAGGUUCGGACAUCCAUCCCCGUCCAGCAGAUCUGCGCCGUGGAGCGUGUGGAUGAGAAUGCAUUCCAGCAGUCGCACAUGAUGCAGAUUACAACGCGGGAAAAUGGAGGGCAGCUGUCCACCAUGUACAUCCAGUGCAAGAACGUCAACGAGCUCAACCAGUGGCUCUCAGCUAUCCGGAAAGUGAUGGUCUCCAAUGACUGCCUGCUGCCCUUUUGCCACCCGGGUGCCUUCCGCGGCAGCCGCUGGACCUGCUGUUUACAGACCGACCGUGCAGUUCGGGGCUGCAGCCGCACGCACUCAGCCGUGACCCUCGGCGACUGGAGCGACCCACUGGACCCAGACACAGAGGCGCAGAUGGUGUACCGGCAGCUUCUCUUGGGCAGAGACAAGCUCAGGGAGAAAUACCUGGAAUUUUCAAGCACGGGGGCCACACAGGAGCAAAGCAGCGGGGCCCGGAAAGAUGCAAGCGCUCGGAGGAUGGAAGCCACUGCCCAACUCUUAGAAGUCAUUCAGGAUCUGCAGAAGGCCCACGAUGACUUUGAGCGCCACGAAGAGGAAGCAAAGGCAGCAAGCGACCAGGUGCCCCACCAUCCUUAGGUGGGACACACGCACCCCAUGUUUGUUCCGUAUUGUAAUGGUGUGUUUACAUAAGUAAGGGGGAUCCAUUGCCUGCCUUGCAAGUUGGAUGGCUUUGGAUGCAGAGUUGGGACUUGGGAGGCAAGUUAGGUUGGUUGUGGAGAGAGAGGGAGUGAGACAGACAGACAGACAGACAGAGAAAGGAUGGACGAAUGUCUUUGAUCUCCUCCUGGCUGCACCCAGUCUACGCUCUAUAUCCAACAUGGUGCCCUUCAUAUGUUAGACUCCAACUCCCAUCAGCUCCAGCCAGCAUUGCCAAUGGUCUGUGACAGUAGAAGUUGUAGUUCAACAGCAUCUUGAGGGCACUUGCGUGAAUCUGUGCCAGAUGUACAAGUAAUUCCUGAAGUGUCCUCUCUUGAAUCACUUUCUCCUUACAAAGGGGGCACACUUAGGCCAGUGGUUUUGUGUGGGGGGGUGUGUGCAUGUUACAAAUCUGUAGAAGCACAGAUUGCGGGCACAGUAUCCUGGAAAAAUUCAGCCGUUGGGUGUUUAUAAAAGGGAUGAGGAACCUGUGGCCGUCAAAGGUUGUUCGACUCCCAGUUCUAGUUGGCACGACCCAUAGUGAGGGACGAUGGGAGUUAGGACUCCAGUAACAUUCUCUAAUCCUUAUUUUAAAAGAACAAGUUUCUAUCCCUUACAGUUAGGCUUGAAAGCCCACAGGCAAUGGCCACCAAAACUGUAGAAGUCAAGGAGGUGUCUGGCUGCAGCUCACUUUUGGUGGGCAUGGAUGACUUCACGUAGCCAAUUUGCAAUAAAUUGUGGGAAAUUAA